UCAGUUACCGAUCUUGGUUCCUUGGUCGUGACGUCGCCGUUUCGUAAGCAAACUGACAGCUGAUUGUUGUGAAUUGUGAUUCGGGUUACUCAAGUCAGUAGAAAGAAUAAAGAUUAAAUAAAAUACUCUUAAUAUUUUCUCAUGCUAUAAAUUAUUCUUAUUUGUUUGUUCUUCGCUUUCAUUUGUAUUUUAAAUUUUUUAUUAUAAUGAUGAAUCCAAAUGUGUAUCGGUGGUGUGCUGUUCCUGAAUGUGGUAAUACAUCUAAAAAAUCGCCGAAUAAGCUUUUUAUUCAUGUUCCAAUGAAGAAAAAAAUUAGAAAUACGUGGUUAGAAUCUGCAGGGCGAGAUCCAACAACUAUAUCUCCAAAUUCCGUACUAUAUUUUUGCGAAGACCAUUUCGAUUUACCAAAUGAUAUGGAGAACUAUGUUAGGUAUUGUGUUAUGGGCGCUGCUUCACAAGUUCGUAUGAAGCCAGGAUGCAUUCCUAGGAAGUACGAGUGUCAGCCAGAUAGAAGAAAACGUACUUCCAACAUUACACAACGACCGUAUGCUAUUAAAAAACAACGUAGAGCGCUAAUUGAAGAGUGUGAAAAAGAUUUGACAGAGGCUACAUCUACAAAACAGUUGGAAACUAUUGGCAUUUCAUCAAAAAGUUCAGGACAAUCCAAGGACUCUAGUUCAAACAACAUGGAGAAUACUAUUGAUGAUUGUGAUGACAAAAAGAAUAUAAUACCAUUGGUACCCAAAGAAGAGGUGUCCAGUCUAACAGAUGAAGACAUGGAAGAGUCAAAGUGUUACAUAGAAGUGAAGAUAGAGCCGUGUGAAAUCUCUGAACCACAACAAGAGACAACCAUUUUCACAGAAACAAAAUGUAUGUCAACAGGACAUAAACUUAUAGAAAUUAAAGUGGAGCCAAUGGAUGAAAUUCCUGCUCCAGAAGAAAACUCAGUAACUUUGGACGAUCCUCUGCCGAAGGUCCAGUAUCCUGAAGCUAUAAAGAAAAAGACACUUCACAUCUGCGACUUUUGUAAAAAAGAAUGUAAAUCGAAGACUGCAUUAACGAUACAUAUGAGCACUCACACUGGCGAGAGACCGUAUUCAUGUGAUGUAUGUCCAAGGAAAUUUACGCAAAAAAAACAUUUAAAGUACCACAGAAGAACGCACACUGGGGUGGAUCCCUGCUUUUGUCACAUGUGUUACAGAGAGUUUGAAAAUGUUAAAGGUUUGACAGAACACGUCGCAAAAUUUCACACCGGAGAUAAACUUCUUGCCUGUAAGCUGUGUCAUGCAAAAUUUACAAAACAGCAUUACUUGUCUACACAUAUGAUUAAACACUCCGCAGGUUAUUCUUGUAACGAAUGUCAGGCGAAAUUUAAAUAUAAAACAAGUUUAACUUAUCACAUGAGGUUACAUAUUGAAGCGCGAUAUUAUUUCUGCAACAUUUGUUCCUCAAAAUUUACGCAAAAGAGUGAUUUAAUUGAUCACAUUCAGUCUCACACUGUGGAAAUUCCUUUCAGUUGUGACGAGUGUCCAUUCAGAACCGCGUAUAAGAGUAAAUUAAAAUUACAUAAAAGGAAGCAUACAGUUGAACUUUUUACAUGCGACGUGUGUCAAGCUAAACUCAAAUAUAAACACCAUUUAGCAGAACACAUAAAAAUUCACUCUGGACUCAAACCGUUUGUCUGUAGUUUUUGUAACGCCCAGUUUGCGUUAAAAAAGUAUUUAGACGUCCAUUUAAAGAGUCACAAUCAAGGGAUACGACAUACAUGUGAAGUGUGUCAAAAGAAAUAUUCAACCAAAUGUUCUUUAAACGAUCACAUGCAAACACAUUCUGAGGAAAAACCUUUUUCGUGCGGAAUAUGCUUUCGUAGGUUCACAGUGAGACGGUAUCUGACUACUCAUUUACGGACUCACGAUGACAAUAUGAAACCACAUUCAUGUGGGCUCUGUGAAAAGAAAUUUGUGAGCAGAUGCAAUCUAAAUGCCCAUAUGGCAAAUCACACUGGGGACAAGCCGCAUGUGUGCGAACACUGUAGGGCAAAGUUUGCGUCAAAAAAAUAUUUAAAUAAUCAUUUGCGGACGCACGGUGCUAAGAAACUUAAAGUAAAAACUAAAUAAAUCUUAGUACUAGAUCCGGCAUAAGAAAUAUAUACCCUCAUCUCUUAUUUAAUUGGGAUAAGAAAUAAAUGGUGAAAAUGUUCACAUUGACACAUA